CCAGUCUCGCUCGCUCGCUCUCUCUCGCUCUCUCUCGCAGAGUGUUGUCGCUCGCGCAAUGUGGAAGAGAUCGAGCUCGAGCUCGAGCACGAGCACGAGCACGAGCUCGCAGCCGAAGGCGACUGGAUGCCUGGGCAGCAUGGACCAGGUGCGGCAGGUGUUCGACCAGUACGACAAGAACGGCGACGGCAAGAUCUCCUGCGACGAGCUCCGGGAGGUGCUCUCCGCGCUCGGCCCCUCCCCCACCACCCGCGAGGAGGCCAGCGCCGCCAUGUCCGAGAUCGACAAGGACGGCGACGGCUUCAUCGACCUCGACGAGUUCUCCGAGCUCAUCCUCGGCGGCGGGGGAGGCGGGGGCGGCGGCGGGGGGUGCGGGGUCAAGGAGCUCAGGGACGCCUUCGAUCUGUACGACCUCGACGGGAACGGGGUGAUCUCGGCGGGCGAGCUGCACGCGGUGAUGAAGAAGCUGGGGCAGAAGUGCACCCUCAGGGACUGUAGGAAGAUGAUCAGCUCGGUCGACAGGGACGGGGAUGGCAACGUCAACUUCGAGGAGUUCAAGAAGAUGAUGACGACGACGACGACGAGCAAUGGGGCUUCGAGUUGACCGUCCCUUUGUACAUGCCAAAAAAACACUAAGCAGUAACGUGCUCUCUAUCUCUUCGCAUCUUUUCUUCUCUUCUUCUUUAGGGUAUUGAUUCUACCAUCGCGCAAAGAGGAAGCACGAACAGCAGUGGCGGUGGGAGAUUUUAGUUUUACAGAUAGGUUAUAUCUGAUUCAGCGCGGCUCUUCUGUCAUCUUCUUAGAUCAGUUUCAGGAUCUUUCUUAUGGUUUUGGUAGUCCAAAGUCCUUGAUCGGAGGAAGACAUCUUUCUUUCCUUCUCUUCUUUUAAGAUGUCGUUUACCACGUAAUAUGCACUCAACUAGUUGGAACAAAUUAUCAUCUAUAUUCUCUGUUUGGUUUUUCUUUAACGUUAGCCCAAUUCAGU